AUGCAUACACCAUUACGACGUGUUCGUCAUAGUAUCGAUAUACUACAAAAGAAUUUCUAUGAAUAUCAUCACGGUUCGGGCCAUUCAUUGUCAAAUAAGAAUAUCCAAUCAUCCCAACGAUGUCAAAAAUUCAUUCAACUAAUUGAAGAAUCAUGUAUGAUCAUUCAAGCUUUGUUUGUGCGCUUUAUAUUUAUUUUUUCGACUGUCAUUGCUGUCUGGCGGCUUGUCGAAGAAACGAAUCAGACACACUACUGGUAUUUACUUUUAUUACUUAUUUUUCUUCUCAUUGAAACCUAUGCGACUGUUUAUACACGGAAAGGAUACGAAUACAAAUGGUUCUGUCCAUCAGCACUUGCCUACCUAUGUGCUAUUGUACCAUGUAUAUGGUUAUUAGAACUAAAUCAAAGUUAUGAUUCUUUGUUGAUAACAAACCAAACCAUGAUAUCACUACCGAUUCCUGAACAACGCGUAUCUACUAAUCUUCCAGACGAACUUCAACACCUACGUCGGCGAAAACGUCUUCUUUCAACGAUGUUAACCACAACAAAAAAACCCGAUCUAUCAAUAGACGAUGUCCUGAAAACAACCCAAGAUAUUCUGAUCAAAUUAAAUAAGCAUUUAACCAUCAGAGAAUGGCAUAUGAUUAUCGAACAAAUGACCUUGCUCGUACUUAUUUUAAGUCGUUGGUUAUUACCAAAAGGUGAAAUGACUCGUGAAGAACUUUCGCAAUUAUUGUUGGUUUAUAUUGGCAUCGCUGCAGAUAUAAUUGAAUUCUUCGAAGUUUUCAGAGAGAAAGAAGUCCGAACGAAUAUUAAAUUAAGCGUAUUAGUUCUUCUUCUAUGGACAUUUAGUUUACUGCAAUUCUGUUUAGCAUUUACCAUUUCGCGUGGUCGGAAAAGUCGUCUAGUCAUCAAAGAAGAACCGGAGAGACGCUUCUUUUGUAGUCCAUCAGACUUCUGGGGCAUGUUAAUGUCAUUAUUUCUUCAAGAUAUUCCAUUUUUUUGUUUCCGUGCUGUGCUCAUAUUUCACUAUCACAUUCUGUCUUAUUCCACGGUGUUUUUCACUUCCAAAAAUGGUUUAAUCAUUAUUCUUCAAUGGUAUCGCAUCACAGUCAUAUUAGCCACAACCAUUUCACAAGGACGACGAGAUCAGGGAGGAUUAAUCGAAGUUAUACAGAUGAACACGAACGACAAACGAUCUGGGACAAAUGAGAGUAAUCGUCUGAGUGUAGAAAUAUGA